UAUGAGGAUGUGUAGUGCCUCCGGUGCAUGCUGCUGUCCUUUGUACCUGCUGCUCCACUAUGUUCCUCACCAGAGUCACCAGAGAAGCCGUGGUCGGCAUAGGUAUGCUGGGGGUCACCUUCGCUGCUGGGGUCUACAUUGGCAAAAGAUAUUUUAUGUAUCGAAGAAGAAAGUCCCAGAAGAUUUUUGAGGGUGCAGAUGACCCACGGAGAACGUAUUUACUGCGCAUGUCUCUCAGAGAGCAUCCAUCUGCAAAGAAGUUGAGACAGAAUCUCAUAGAAACUACUUCUCAGGAUUUUAGCAGUGACACGGCCCAACUAUUGGCAAAUCUGGCUAAACUUAUUAACUCCAAGAAAAUUUUAGAAAUGGGGUGCAGCUACGGCUAUAACCCCUUGAUCUUGGCCUUGGUGUUGCCAUCUGAUGGACAACUAAUUGCACAUGUUAGAGAGGCAGAGGAUGUGAGCCAUGCAAGGGAAUUGUGGAGAGAGGCUGGUGUAGAUGAUAGGAUUCAGUUAGAAGUAAAAUCUGAAGAAGAAACAAUGGAUGACUUACUGUCUGCCGGGGAAGCUGAGACAUUUGACCUAAUCUUUAUAAAUAUGGCUGGUCAAACAAAGUGCAGAAAAUGCUAUGAGAAAUGUCUGCGCCUGUUGAAGAGCAAAGGAGUACUAGCCAUAGAUGGGGUGCUGUGCAAUGGAGCUGUUCUAAAAAGUAACUCAUUGACAGAUAAGGUGCAAAGCUUACAGCAGAUGAAUGAAGCCAUCUUACGUGAUGCUCGUGUUUUCCUAAGGUUCAAUUACUUCACCUUCCUCUUGAGAAUUAAAACCAAAAGCAGCAAUAUCAACCGCAGAAUCUGAAUCAGAGUUUACUUGCACAGUGGUUUUUCGGCAUUUUAAUGGAGGAGGAUCCGAAAAAGGAGGAAGAUCCGGCACAUGGAACUGAUCAACCGGUGGAGAUGGAUUAGAUCAACAAACUGAGUUUUAGGCAGAGCCGAAGCAACAGAUGUUUGAAAUUCAGAUUUAAUAAUAGAGCAAAGUUCCUCCAAAAAAAGAUGGGGAUUCCUGCUGAAUUAACCUAUCCAUACAGGCUUUACAUAGGGGUUUAUUAUAUCCUUCAUUUUUUAGAUUUAACUUUGGAUUCUUUUUCCUUAGAUUUCUUUGGGGCCUCCUUGUGUCCCUGAAAGAGGAGAGAAGGAAACCCAUAAGAACAGGGAAUUUUAAAAAAAACAAUGACCCCCCCAGGUUGCUGGGUCCUGUGCACUCCAGAGAUGCAAAGCGGGCAGCGACCGAACUAUCCAUGGUGAUCCAGAGGAUGUUGGAAAGACCUGAGCUUCCUUAUAUGCCCAGGGUUUUGAAUUUGGCAGGCCAUCUUGGAGGCGGGACUUCCGGUCUCCGGCCAAUCACAGGAGACAUACGCGCGCAACGUCACCACCGGAAACAGCCAGGGGAACCAGGGCACCAGAGGCCGGCCAAUGAACUAGGUUCCCUGCAUAAACUCCCAGAGCGCCGCAGGGACCGAAGCGGGUCCAGAGGCACCUCAGGAACAGGCCACGACCCGGUACGAGAAAGAAGAGGGAUGCCAAUGGCGACCGACUCACCCCGCCUGAACUCAACCAACGCAGCCCGCAGGGAAAAAAAAAGGUACAGGCCUCUGCACCCCUGCUCCAUAGGAACAGGAAACUGAGGUAGUAUGGAGGGAGGGGCCUUUUUAACCUCUCUUGUGCUUCCUGUUCCUAUGCAGAUAGGGGGCAAUCUCAUGUGGUGCUGUCGUGAGUGGACGAUCUGAAAAA